AUGAUAUUGAACCUCUCAAAUAAUCACCUCACUGGUACACUCCCAACAUCUUUAGGAGAUUUGCGUCAAAUUCUGGUCCUGGAUCUCUCGCAAAACAUGCUCAAGGGUAAAAUCCCACGUGAACUAGGCCGCCUCCAUUUUUUAGGCCUCUUUUCAGUCACAGAUAAUGAUCUGGAAGGGAGUGUCCCCUGUGGGUUCAUAGUUGGCUUUUGUGGAGUUAUUGACUUAAUUGUAUUGAAUAUCUCCAACAAUCAUCCCAAUGGGACGAUCCCAGAUUCGUUUGCAGAGUUGUCUCAGAUUGAAGUACUGGAUCUCUCACAUAAUAUGCUCAAGGGCAGGAUACCAUCUGAUUUAGGGAAAGAGUGCUCUGAAAAUCCUAAGCUUUGUGGUUAUCCAAGGAAAAAGUGCUCUCAGCUCCAACAGGAAGACAAGGAAAAUGAAGAGAAAAUUUCAAGAUGGGUGGGGGACAAGCCUGUGCUCUAUGCUUGCAUUGCCCUGGGGUUUAUAGUUGGUUUUUCGGGUGUACUUUGGUUUCUUUUUCUAAGCAAGAAGUGGAG